AUGAACUACACGUCUUAGUUAAUUUUUGCUAUUCUAACUUUUUCUUAAGCGAUUACAAUUUAUCCAAAUCUUAAAUCAUAAAACUUUUAGUGGGAAGAUCAAAUAUGGAUGGAUUGUAAAACUGAAAAACUCAUCGUACCAACAAAUUGUGAAAAUAAUGACCAAAAUUGGUAAGAAUGUUAUGAAAUACCUGAAUAAGGAUUAUGCCUCAAAAACGAACUGAAAAUAUUAUAACACUCAACCUAUAAUCUCAUUUUCAACUUUUAAAAUUUAAAUAAUAAGGUACCACAGAUUUUCCUUAAUGAUAAUAAUUAUGAACAAAAAUCCUUCCAGAAUAAUAAAAUAGUGAUCUAAACUAUUUUAAAUUAAUCAAAUUUAAACAUUAAAAUUUUAGGAGUUGGUGCUAAAUUAUAAAAAUUUUCAUUAACUUCUGAUUGCAACCUAAAUUGUUAACAAUGUAAUGGAAAUUUUGAAUGUACUUAAUGCUUUAAUGAUUUUUCUAUGAUUAACUAUUAAUGCAUACCAGAUACUUGUUUCGAGACUUUGGGUGAUUUAACUACUGAAAGUGCUUAAAAUGCAAACUCUCUUAUAGAUCAAAAGGGAGAAUUCUAAGUGACAGUUGAUUUUAAUGUUGAAUUAGGUUAAUGUUUAGUACCAAAGGUUUAUCUUAUAAAUGAGAUAAUAUCUAAUAAAAUAGAAUUUACAUUAGCAAGAAAUCAAAUCUAUCUAAAAAGUAAAAAGUAAUUAUUUUUUUAUUUGACUCUUGACUAAAUAAAUGAAUACUGUAAAAUAAUUGUUCAAAAUAAAGAAAAGAACAUUCGUUAAUGUUCUUUAGGUGUUGCAUUAACUACUGCUCAAAUCACCCAAUAUAAUCUUAUACUUUUAGGAGAAAUAACUACAAAUUUAUAAACAUCUUCUUCAAUAUCUUCAACAUAAGUAAUAAAUAUUCCUGAAAAUGGAAAAGUGUAACUAGAAGUUAGUAAUGAAAUAACAAAUGUUUAAAUUAAUGAAGAUGUAUUAACAAUCACAUAAAAAAUAUAUAACGAUGAUCUAAAAAUUGAUAAUAUAAAUUUAAGAGAAGCUUAUCUUGUAUAAAAUGGAUAGUAAUAUGAUAGUUUAGACUUUUUGGUAUCAUUUGUAAAAGGAUAAUUAAUUACUUACAAAUUCAAAAUAAAAGAAACUCAUAUCAAAUUUGAUUAAUAUAUAGAUUUGGUUUUAACAUCAGAGUUGAUAUAAUAAAGACGAAUACUCACUCAAGAUAGAUCCUAAUUGAAAAUUGGAUAUAAUGCAAAAAAUUCAAUUCAAUUUUUACCAAAUGAAUUGUUAUAAUUGAACUAAAAUAAUAACAGCACUUCAACAGUAAAAUAUCAAAUUUAUGCAAUAACCGCAAUUUUAUUAUUAUCAUUAUGUGCAACAGCAGUUUGGUAUAGUAGAAAGGAGAAAAAGCACUUCGAGGUUGGAGAAGAAAUUACAGAUAAAAACAAUUGA